AUGUGUAGCCGACACCGACACAGUCACUGUAAUUGUAGUGAAUGCCAACCGCGACCCAUCAUAAUCUACGGUUGUCCGACCCCUGAAGACAGCCAACUAUGGGGUCACAUACCGUUCCCACCGCAACAGUUCGACCAGAAACUGGCCACAGAGUCGGGCGAACCCGUGAAACGAGGCUGGUUUUCAAAUUGGGGCUGGGGUUGUAAGCGCCAACAUCACCAUGGUUGUCGUUGCGCUUAUUGCGAUUACCGUUAUAACCGCCAUCACCACAAUGAUGGCGGUAAACACUGUUGGCAACGAUACUGGGCUGAGAAGGGCUCGUCGCCCACCCCGUCGGCCGACAACCCGACCAAGAUUGACACCAAUACUGCAGAUGCGCCUAAAUCUUAG